AUGGCUCCCCUCUACAAGACCGCAGCAGCAUUUUGCCUCGUCGGACUCUUUGGGCUCCAAUGCGGGGCGGAAACUCCAGCAAAAUAUAAAUUUGAGGUAGUCCCAGUAAAAGAUGACGCCUACUUAACGGCAAAGCUGGCCCGUAAUGGAAAAAUUUCGGCUAAGACAAAUACAGUCGAAAUGGAUAGCCAGACUGUCUCCACCUUGCAGGAAAAAGUAGCAGCCAAAACCGACGGCACGGAUGUGACAUGCGAGGAAUUCAUAGUCGAUGCACUUGUGAGCGCAUACACUACGAAAGGCAGCAACACAUAUCCAAAAGAUACAACCGCUUGGCAAGCGAUAUGGGAGAAGGAUGGAGUCCCCAGCCUUUUGCACCUCCUCGAAGCCAGUAGCACUAAAAUCGGCUGCGUCAUCGGCAAGUGCGUAAAACAACCAGAUUCGUCAGAAGGAGACGACCCAACAAAGGCUACGCUAUUCUGUGAAUUAAGUCCUGCAGCAGCAGAGGGCCAGGCCGCCUUCAGCGAGGAGUACUUCAAGGAACUUAUUGCACGACAAGAUGAAUUAAAAAGUAUGACGGAAGACGAUCUGAAGGACCCGAUUGUAACCAGCUCUGCAGAUGCUAGCGUUCCAAGCAUUCUAACUGCCGGUUUGGUCGCCAUCCUCGCAGCUAUCUCUGCCUAG